CCUCACUUAAUCGACAAAAUUUGAAAUAAUUCGAAUAAAAUUAAGAGUCAGUACGACAUUCACGAGUUGCUAAAUUAUUGUUUAAAAUGACCAAGGGCGUGAGGAUUUUUAACGAUGGAUUGCCUGCAUUGUCAAAUGAAUGGCCAUAUACUCGACGAACUAUAGAUUCGCUGCAAAAGAUGCCCUCCAGGCCAUCUAGGAAACCAUUGCAGUCUCUACAAACUGGCGGUGGGAAUACGAGUUCCUACAUCCUGAAGCACAAGGCAAGUCCGAUCUCCGAGGAAGAAUUGGAUGUCCUGGUGCAGCAGGAUUGUAAGGCGGAGCAGCAUCACACCGAUCGCCAAAACCUGGCGGACAUAAUCCUUAUGCAGGCCCGUCGCAUCGAGAAGCAGCAGCGGGAGAUGAAGAGAAUAAAGGCGCACUAUGAGCGCCAGGUGUCCACCAUCAAGAGCAAUGCCAUCAUGCUGGAGUCACAUCUGCAAAAGGUGCUGGCCAGUGUCGAAAGGGAUCGGGCCAAGCGGAUUGACCACCACUGCCAGGACAUGCUUGGUGCCGUAGAGAAGCUGCAAAGGAGCGACAUCCAAGUGAAGCCGUAAUCUUCGGCCAACCAAUUGCUGAUCCAGUAUCUUCAGUCCAAGAAAAUUUCGCGUUCGACCAAGAACGCCAAUGAAAACACAAGUAGGUACAGGAAUAGGUUGUGAAUCAUAUUCUUGUGUGUACAUUGUGGUUCCAUUGGGUUUUGUGGUCAGCUUAAAUUAGCACUAGUUGUUAUAAAAUAAAAUA